GAACACACUCCACAUCAGCAAACAUGGCGGACGUGACGACAGCGCUGGCGCUGGACCGCUCGUUUGGGUUUGCAGGAGCUGUGCCUGCGGGGCUCGUGCUGCACCCGAACCAGGAGCACAUUGUGUACCCGCUCGGCUCGUCGGUAGUGGUGCGGACAAUGGGGCAGGCGUCUGGUGAGCAGUUCCUUGCGGGCCACACGUCGCCAAUCACCACGCUUGUGGUAUCGCCGUCGGGACGGUAUCUUGCGUCGGGGCAGGAGCGAUUCAUGGGUCUCAAGGCCGACGUGCUUGUUUGGGACUUUGAGAGCCUCCAGCUUGUUCAUCGGUUUGUUCUGCACAAGGCGGGAAUCAAGGCGCUCGCGUUCUCGCCCAAUGACAAGUAUCUGGCGUCGCUCGGCGACGAGGACGACAACUCUGUGGUGGUGUGGGACCUGGAGGCCGGGGCGGCCAUUUGCGGGGCGCCGGCGUCGAUGGGCUCGUCGGGCGUGGCGCACACGCUUGCGUGGCUUCAUGGAUCCGAGACCUCGUUUGUGUCUGGAGGUGAGUACACGCUCCGCAAGUGGGAGCUCGACCUGAGCAUUCGCAAGCUGCGGGCCGAGGAGGGCCGGCUUGGGCAGCUCAAGCGGAUCAUCGACACGCUUGUGGUUGCGCCAGGUGACGCUGGUGUGUACUGCGGCACGUCGACCGGCGACGUGCUGUACGUCUCGCUUGAUACGAUGCUCUUUCGGGUGUCGGGCCCGAAGAAGCCGUUCCCCAAGGGCGUCACGGCGCUGGCGCUCACACGGCACGCCGGAGUCAUUGCUGGCUCUGGCGAUGGCGUUCUGGCCUCGCUCUCGCCGUCGUCGCUCAAGGUGACCAAGGUGGCGCGGCUGGCGGGCGCAGUGACGUCGAUUGCGCUCGACGCGUCGCACACUGCCAUGUUUGUCGGCACCGCGUCGGCCAACAUUUACACUGCAGUGACCGAGACGCUUGCGACUGAGCUGCGGACGACGUGCCAUCCGGGCAAGGUCAACGACGUGGUGUAUCCGUGCGACUACUCGGAGGUCUUUGCCACCGCAGGCCCCGAGGAUGUGCGCGUGUGGAACUCUCGCACCUCUGAGGAGCUUGUCCGCAUCAGCGUGCCCAACAUCGAGUGCCAUUGCGUCGCCUUUGCCGCCGACGGCUCGGCUAUCUUCUCGGGCUGGUCUGACGGCAAGGUCCGUGCCUUUGGCCCCGAGUCGGGCACACUCCUCUUUGUCAUCAACGACGCCCAUCACGGCCCGGUCACCGCCAUUGCGCCGUGCGCCGACGGUGAGCGCCUCAUCUCGGGCGGAAAGGACGGGGAAGUCCGCGUCUGGCGGCUCAUGGCCUCGUCGCAGGUCAUGGAGGCCACCAUGAUGGAGCAUAAGGGCCCGAUCUCGUCCAUUCAGGUUGCUUCGAACGACAUGGAGGCCAUCACCGCUUCUGGCGACGGCUCGUGUAUCAUCUGGGACCUGGGCUCGUUCAUCCGCGUCCAAGUCAUGUUCGCCCCAUCGUACUUUAUGGCUGCGGCGUACCACCCUGAAGAGGCGCAAGUUCUCUCGUGCGGUACAGACCGUAAGAUCUGCUUCUGGGAUGCCUACGACGGCUCAGCCAUCCGCGAGAUCGAGCUCCUCGACAACUGUGCCGCGAACUCGAUCGCCAUUUUCGCCGACGGUGAGGCCUUUGUCUCGGGUGGCAACGAUAAGCUGGUCAAGCUCUGGUCCUACGACGGCGGAGAGGUUAUCGCCACAGGCUCGGGCCACUCGUCCAACAUUGUCAAGGUCGUCAUUUCGCCCGACCAGUCAGAGAUCGUUUCUAUCUCCGAGGAUGGCGCCGUCUUUGUCUGGGCCGUCCCCGCAGAGCUCAUCGGUCCUGUCGGCGUCGGCUCACUGCGUGCUCUCGACCCUACCGCACGCUGAUGAAUAGCCACUAGCUCGUGCCUGUCCCAAGCAAACAACACUUGCCCACAGUGG